GUUAACAGAUGCAAGCGCCUCCCUCCCCCUCUCUUCCCAUAAAAAACGCGAUUUUGGUUGUUUAGGACAUGAGAGAGAGAGAGAGAGAGCAUUUGAAUUAUUAUUAUAAAAUACCAACUACUGGUAGUAAUAGUAUGAAUUUUUAUGAAUAUAUGAUAUGAAAGAAAAAAUAAUAGGCCAAAUAUGAAGAAGGGACUGAGUCAAUUCCCACCGUCUCCCAUCCAUCAUCCUCCUCCUCCUCCUCCUUCAAACCCCUAAUUUACAGAACGAACCGCUGUUACUAAUUGUGAGCCAUCCUCCAAUUAUUCUUCAGAUCUGCUACCUACCACUCUCUCAAACCAUAAUUGAUUAGUCUUUUCUUUCUUCAAUUUGCUCGAUUCGAAGCCCGAGUGAGUGUUUUUGCUUUGCUUUUGAUUUAGAGCGGUCAAGGUCUUAAGGUUUUGGGGCUUAGGGCUAGGGAUAGAGUUUUUGAAUGGAGGGGAAUUCGGGUGGUGGGAGCGCUGCUGCUGGCGGCGGCGGCGGUGGUGGUGGUGGUGGUGGGAUGAUAGGAGGAGGGAUAGGGAAUGACGUGGAGCUGCUGUGUAAAACGCUGCAGGUGGAGCACAAGCUCUUCUACUUCGAUCUCAAGGAGAACCCUCGGGGCCGCUAUCUCAAGAUCUCCGAGAAGACCUCUGCCACCAGGUCCACCAUCAUCGUCCCCUUCUCCGGCAUUUCCUGGUUCUUGGAUCUCUUCAAUUACUAUGUCAAUUCCGAUGAUCAGGACGUCUUCAGCAAGGAAUUGCAGCUCGACACCAAGGUGUUUUACUUCGACAUUGGCGAAAAUCGGAGGGGUCGCUUCUUGAAGGUAUCUGAAGCUUCUGUUAGUAGAAAUCGCAGUACAAUCAUUGUUCCGGCAGGAAGCUCCAGGGAUGAAGGAUGGGCGGCAUUUAGAAACAUCUUAGCAGAGAUAAAUGAAGCAUCAAGGCUUUUCAUAUUGCCCAAUCAGCCAAGUUCUGAACCUUCGGAACGCCUUGGGCUUUCAGAUGAUGUAGGCGCUGGCUUCAUCUCUGGCCACAGUAGUCAACCUGCCCCAAGUUCUGAAUUGAAUGUGGACAGGUCUGUUGAAUUGCCAGCACAGGAUGAAAUUAGUAGCAUGGGGGCUUCAAAAGUAAUUAGAGCUGAUCAGAAAAGAUUCUUCUUUGAUCUUGGAAGCAAUAACAGAGGCCAUUUCCUAAGGAUAUCUGAGGUUGCAGGUUCUGAUAGGUCCUCCAUCAUUCUCCCCCUGUCAGGUUUGAAGCAGUUCCAUGAAAUUGUGGGUCACUUUGUGGAGAUUACCAAAGACCGAAUUGAAGGAAUGACCGGAGCAAAUGUUCGGACAGUGGAUCCCCCUCAAAGAUGAAUGCUAGCCUGGGUUUUGGCGAUAAAAGAAAUGAACCCAUUUGUCAAGGUUUUUUUUUAGAGCCACAAUUAGGUGUUUGGUUAGGGGUGCGGUUAUGCUUUCAGUUGUGGUCAGUUAUUUGCUUCUCUUUCUUUGUUAUCUUAUUCAAGUCUGAAAUAACCCGAUUUCUGUUUGAUCAACAGAAAAUUCGGAGAUGCUUGCCUAGCUUAAUUUCGAACAGGGAAUAACAGGGGGGAAAAAAAAAAAAAAAAGGAAGAAAAAAACUUGUUAUGGUCAGUUUAAUAGUGUGGCACCUACAUUACAUUAUUAAUAAUGCUCAUUCAAGAUGUGAUUUCUUUCCACUUUAUUUUCAGCUCCUAGCUUGUAAUGCAGGUUAUCAAUUAUACUUUUGUUUUAACCAUGGUUACUAGCAGAUUGCAAGGACGUCAGCUAAGAGGCCUUUGGUGAUUAUACUGUAGGGAACCCAAGCGAAGAGGUAAACAACAUAAGCAUGGGUAUAAGGUACCAUCCAACCUCAGUGUUGGUCCGAGUCACUCUGAGGGAAUUUGGAAAUCCUAGAGUUGGAUUAUCAAUGGACCCACCAAGUUUCAGGUCUGGUGAUGUUAGCACUUGACUAUUUAUGAUUAUGACUGGAAGAAGAAACUUGGUCUGAGGGCUAUGCUCUUACAUUGCCAACAUUGUACAGUUGAUAAAUUUCCUUUGUAACUUU